AUGCUCGUGGCGGCCCAGCUACCAGGACUCCCUACGGUGUCUGCUGGUCCUCCGGGGUGCGGGAGGCCGUCUCCCCGCUCCAGCAUGCACGCACCCGAGGCCCGCUCCCGGCCCAGAGCCACGGCCUGCUGCCCACCAGACGCCUUCCCUGUGCCCACCGAGGGUGCCCUCACCUUCUGGGACCUGGGCUCCUGGCCUCGGGUCCUGCUCGUGCCCGGGGCGCCCUGCCACUUCCUCCGAGCCUCUGCUGCUCACCCCACCCUGCUGCCCGCGCUCAGCGGCGAGCCUGGCACUGGGCCAGGCUGCCUGGGAGCCCAGCCCGGGCAGGGCGAACUUUCCAAUGAGGGCGGCUCGGACAGAGUGCCCGCCGGGCCCACGCCGGCUGCCACCACCCCGGGGCUCCGGGGGCUCCGAGGCUCCAGUGUCAGCCCAGGAAGGGCCAAGGAGAGCAGCAACCCUGGCAGGGCCUGGCGCUGUCUCCGCAGCCUGGAACACCAGAGCCUGGGCACCGCAGCCCGGGCACCGCAGCCUGGGCACCGCAGCCUGGAACACCAGAGCCCGGGCACCGCACUGGGCACCGCAGCCUGGGCACCGCAGCCUGGAACACCAGAGCCCGGGCACCGCAGCCUGGAACACCAGAGCCUGGGCACCGCAGCCCAGGCACCGCAGCCUGGAACACCAGAGCCCGGGCACCGCAGCCCGGGCACCGCAGCCUGGAACACCAGAGCCUGGGCACUGCAGCCCAGGCACCGCAGCCUGGAACACCAGAGCCCUGGCACCGCAGCGCGGGCACCGCAGCCUGGGCACCGCAGCCUGGAACACCAGAGCCCGGGCACCGCAGCCCGGGCACCGCAGCCUGGGCACCGCAGCCUGGGCACCGCAGCCCGGGCACCGCAGCCUGGAACACCAGAGCCCGGGCACCGCAGCCCGGGCACCGCAGCCUGGGCACCGCAGCCCGGGCACCGCAGCCUGGAACACCAGAGCCCGGGCACCGCAGCCCGGGCACCGCAGCCCGGGCACCGCAGCCCGGGCACCGCAGCCCGGGCACCGCAGCCUGGAACACCAGAGCCCGGGCACCGCAGCCCGGGCACCGCAGCCUGGGCACCGCAGCCUGGAACACCAGAGCCCGGGCACCGCAGCCUGGGCACCGCAGCCCGGGCACCGCAGCCUGGGCACCGCAGCCUGGGCACCGCAGCCUGGAACACCAGAGCCCGGGCACCGCAGCCCGGGCACCGCAGCCUGGGCACCGCAGCCUGGGCACCGCAGCCUGGGCACCGCACUGGGCACCGCAGCCUGGGCACCGCAGCCUGGGCACCGCACUGGGCACCGCAGCCCGGGCACCGCAGCCCGGGCACCGCGGCCCGGGCACCGCGGCCCGGGCACCGCAGCCUGGGCACCGCGGCCCGGGCACCGCGGCCCGGGCACCGCAGCCCGGGCACCGCAGCCCGGGCACCGCAGCCCGGCACCGCGGCCUGGGCACCGCGGCCUGGGCACCGCGGCCCGGGCACCGCGGCCUGGGCACCGCGGCCUGGGCACCGCAGCCUGGGCACCGCGGCCUGGGCACCGCAGCCCGGGCACCGCGGCCUGGGCACCGCAGCCCGGGCACCGCAGCCUGGGCACCGCAGCCUGGGCACCGCAGCCUGGAACACCAGAGCCCGGGCACCGCAGCCCGGGCACCGCAGCCUGGGCACCGCAGCCCGGGCACCGCAGCCCGGGCACCGCAGCCUGGAACACCAGAGCCCGGGCACCGCAGCCCGGGCACCGCAGCCUGGGCACCGCAGCCUGGAACACCAGAGCCCGGGCACCGCAGCCCGGGCACCGCAGCCCGGGCACCGCAGCCUGGGCACCGCAGCCUGGGCACCGCAGCCUGGAACACCAGAGCCCGGGCACCGCAGCCCGGGCACCGCAGCCUGGGCACCGCAGCCUGGGCACCGCACUGGGCACCGCAGCCUGGGCACCGCAGCCUGGGCACCGCACUGGGCACCGCAGCCCGGGCACCGCAGCCCGGGCACCGCAGCCUGGGCACCGCGGCCCGGGCACCGCAGCCUGGGCACCGCGGCCUGGGCACCGCGGCCUGGAACACCAGAGCCCGGGCACCGCAGCCCGGGCACCGCAGCCCGGGCACCGCAGCCUGGGCACCGCAGCCCGGGCACCGCAGCCCGGGCACCGCAGCCUGGAACACCAGAGCCCGGGCACCGCAGCCCGGGCACCGCAGCCUGGGCACCGCAGCCUGGAACACCAGAGCCCGGGCACCGCAGCCUGGGCACCGCAGCCCGGGCACCGCAGCCUGGGCACCGCAGCCUGGGCACCGCAGCCUGGAACACCAGAGCCCGGGCACCGCAGCCCGGGCACCGCAGCCUGGGCACCGCAGCCUGGGCACCGCAGCCUGGGCACCGCACUGGGCACCGCAGCCUGGGCACCGCAGCCUGGGCACCGCACUGGGCACCGCAGCCCGGGCACCGCAGCCCGGGCACCGCAGCCCGGGCACCGCAGCCUGGGCACCGCGGCCUGGGCACCGCAGCCUGGAACACCAGAGCCCGGGCACCGCAGCCCGGGCACCGCAGCCUGGGCACCGCAGCCUGGGCACCGCACUGGGCACCGCAGCCUGGGCACCGCAGCCUGGGCACCGCACUGGGCACCGCAGCCCGGGCACCGCAGCCCGGGCACCGCAGCCCGGGCACCGCAGCCUGGGCACCGCGGCCCGGGCACCGCAGCCUGGGCACCGCGGCCUGGGCACCGCGGCCUGGAACACCAGAGCCCGGGCACCGCAGCCCGGGCACCGCAGCCCGGGCACCGCAGCCUGGGCACCGCAGCCCGGGCACCGCAGCCCGGGCACCGCAGCCUGGAACACCAGAGCCCGGGCACCGCAGCCCGGGCACCGCAGCCUGGGCACCGCAGCCUGGAACACCAGAGCCCGGGCACCGCAGCCUGGGCACCGCAGCCCGGGCACCGCAGCCUGGGCACCGCAGCCUGGGCACCGCAGCCUGGAACACCAGAGCCCGGGCACCGCAGCCCGGGCACCGCAGCCUGGGCACCGCAGCCUGGGCACCGCAGCCUGGGCACCGCACUGGGCACCGCAGCCUGGGCACCGCAGCCUGGGCACCGCACUGGGCACCGCAGCCCGGGCACCGCAGCCCGGGCACCGCAGCCCGGGCACCGCAGCCUGGGCACCGCGGCCCGGGCACCGCAGCCUGGGCACCGCAGCCUGGGCACCGCAGCCCGGCACCGCAGCCCGGGCACCGCGGCCUGGGCACCGCAGCCCGGGCACCGCAGCCUGGGCACCGCAGCCUGGGCACCGCAGCCUGGGCACCGCAGCCUGGAACACCAGAGCCCGGGCACCGCAGCCCGGGCACCGCAGCCUGGGCACCGCGGCCUGGGCACCGCAGCCUGCUAGCUUCUCUUGUGUUCAUCACAGCAUCUCACCACUGCCCAGGCCUAAACACGCACUUCACCCCAGAGCUCCUGCGCCCCAGGCUGACCCCGGGCCCACCCGGUCCUGACCACAGGGCUGUCCUGCCAGUGAGUGCGGGGGGCCUCUCCCGCCUGCCCAGUGAAUGCGGGGCCUCUCCUGCCUGCGCCUGCCUGCCCGGUGAGUGCGGGGGCCUCUCCUGCCUGCGCCUGCCUGCCCAGCUCCUCCGCAUCCCCAGCACUGGCGAUGCCCAGCAGAGUGCCAGGCUGCCCGGGCACGCCAAGGUGGCCACGGCUUCCUGCUUCGGCUGGGCAGCUCAGGAGCCAGGCCCCCCAGGCCCCCCGGCCCCGGGCACGGGGCGGGCGGCUUGUCCGCCUUCCCGCAGGGGCUGA